GUCUUUUUUGAGAAAGGGGAACAGCAUCCACAACAAUGGCUCUGUCACAGUGCCUGGACGACUCACCUCUGAGGUUGGCUCGGAAACACACCGGGGUCGAGGACCUGAACUUGCACGAGGUGUACAACGAGAGACACCGACUAGCACUGGAGGAGCUGCUGUCGGCAGGGCUCGACAACUUUCUGGACUUCCUUAGGAAAGAGAGGAUCUCCAACUUUCUAUCGGACGAUGAGAUGCAGCGGAUCAGGAACGCCGCCGUGCCCCCGCGCGGUGUGUCCCUCCACGGGGAGGACCAGGCACUGGAGCAGUCGCUCAGCAGCUCCCUGGACUGCUCCUCCGUCACCUAUUUCCCCGAGGUGUCAGACGUGGAGCCACCGCUGCUGGAGAUUGGCUGGCCCGCCUUCACUGCCGGCUCCUACCGGGGAGUCACACGGGCCGUGGCGCACUUCCAGCCCAGCUACGGCGAGUGCAUAUAUAGCUGCAAGGAAGCUACGAGGCGUAUGAUUAAAAGUGCCAGAGAGGUGAUUGCCAUAGUUACAGACUCCCUGACUGACCUGGAUAUCCUUAAGGAUCUUCAGGAGGCAUGUUCCCACCGCAAAGUCCCUGUCUAUAUCCUGCUGGACCAAUCAUGUGCUCCUGCUUUCCUCAAGAUGUGCAGAAAUGGCGGUGUUUUCCUGGAGGACCUUCAGCAAAUGAGAGUGCGAACUAUAACUGGUACAACUUAUUACAUGAGAUCAGGUGCAAGGAUUACCGGAGAAGUUCAUGAGAGGUUUAUGCUGAUUGAUGGAAACAAAGUAGCUACAGGUUCUUACAGAUACAACUGGACUGAUGGCAAACUAAACAGCAGCAACCUAAUUGAGCUUUCUGGACAGAUAACAGAGAAAUUUGAUGAGGAGUUCCGCAUCCUUUAUGCCCAGUCUCUACCUAUAAACACACGAGGACCUCCAAGUGCCCGAAACAGCAGCAUCUACGAGCAUCUCCUCAUCAAACACUCCAUCACCUCCUCCCCUCAACUGGCCCGAGAGAGGCCAGUGUGUCUGACCAGCACACCCAGCCGCAACCCCUUAAACUUAGCUAGUCAGCCGUCGUGUGAACCAUCGACUCCAGAUCGUUGUAAAACCAACUCAGUGUCCGACUCCUCCACCAUAGGUGAGGAGUGGACUGAGCAGCAGCACAUGGAGGAGGAGAUCCUGGCUGGGAGCACCACUCAGGGCUUCCCCGCAGAUCAGCUAGCAGAGAAAGAGCCAGCGACCCCCAGCCCUGUGUCUUGCCACGCCUCCACUCAGACCAGCCAGUCAGUAAUGGACAGUUACACCCAGAUUGAAUUCCAGCUCACACAGCACCCCAACCUUAUCACACCAACGAGCACAGGGCCAAACCAGGCCACCUCUCCCUCCUUUCCGUCUCCUAGGAAGAGCUCGCCCACCCAGGCAGCUCCAGACGGCACCUUAAAGGAUUGCUUCCACAAGCUGACCAAAGAGCGCCAGAACCACUACUCCACCAUCCGCUCUAAGCUGGAGCACAUGGUGACCACCCUGUCCCAGAGGCGAGAGCUAGUGGACGUCACCAACAUGACUCAGCGGCCUGGCGCUCACAGUAGGCAGAGGGUACACAAAGACUGUAAGCAGGAACCAAACCCCAGACUGCUUGUUGAAAGUGUGGGCAUGGGCACAUGGCCAGGGGCCAGAUGUGUACACUAGUUUGUCUUCAGGGAUUUGGGAAAUGAAGCGAGGAAGAACUAUUGCAAGGUUUCUUGAGGCUCCUCUGUUUCAAAUAAAUAGUUUUGGCUUUUGCAGUAGAAUUCUAGCUUUCUUCUAUUUGUCUUGUCUGCAGUUACCACUUUUGUCCUUUUCAUUAAUUGUCCUGUCCAUGUCAAAGCCCUUUUUCAUGUAUGGUAACACAGAAUUGUGUUUGACAGAAAUUCUAUUUUUAGCCAAAGACACGGUGCAAUAUUUUUUCGACCAUGUCAGUUUAACGAAAGUAAUUUGCUGAGGCGGUUAAAACUGAAAAAUAUAUGCUGUAGUAUGAGUGAAAAUGCAUUGUGCAACUGCUGUUUUGGUUAUUUAAACACAUUUGGCUGCUGUAGCUGCAUUUGAACCACUUUUCUAGGGAGCAGCUGGCUUUCACUGUGCUUUGCUAAUAAACCAAGCUAGAUGAGUGCUAA